AUGGAUCAACCCCAGAGUCUUCGGUCUUUAUUUUUGGCAGCUAAAGCAAGCAAGUCUGCACUGGAGGCCAGAGGAGAUAGCAAUACAGCAGUCUACCGAGAUGACGUGAACGCGACGGUCGCAAAGUUCCAGGAAUGCCAGCGACAGAUCAGCAUCUUGUCCCUAUUCAGCUCAAAUGAAGGAUUAGAUGAUGUUUCAUCUGGGGAUCUACAAUACAUGACCUUGGAAUAUCUCCUUGCCGAACUCAUCCAGCGAGGUCCCAGCGCCGAUCGUGAAUCUGUCCUCCAAAAUGCCCUAACCCAGUACGAAAAGUUUCUCACACGCCUGGAUGAAUAUGAAUUAUUGUCGAAAGAGGAUCAUAAGCUGUUUGAGGCAUACAUGACCAAUCCCUCUACCUUCACACUGGCCCCCAUCAACGAUGCAGCAGCAAGACGUGAAACAAAAGUACGACGUUUUCGAGAGGAGAAAGAGCUGAAGCAAAAGUUGGAGUAUCUGUCCCGGAACGAAUCACGACUGGAAAGUGAUAGCGAGGCUACCCGGAAUCUAUACCUCUCUGAGAUUCAACUUGACACACACCAGACCUUCCAAUCCAUGGACUUGCUAGUGCAGGAACUAUCUAUGCUUUCAGCCAUGCGAAAUGCACCUCCGUCCAACCCGGCCCAAUCAUCACAAGAUGACCCCAGACAGCGCAGUAACAUAGGAGGACUGGGAUACUCAGAUCGCCUGGAUCCAUCCUUAUCACAGUUGCUUGGAAGAGGCAGGGGUGGACCUUUGCUCAACAGUAAAGGAGUUCCAAUGCAGCCUUUCACCUUACUUGACCGUCGCUCGCAGCUUCAGCAGGGAGUUUUCCGCUCAGGUCAUAACCUACCGACCAUGACUAUUGACGAAUACCUUGAAGAAGAGCAUAGGAGGGGCAAUGUUCUUCAGGGUGGUGAACAGUCCGGGAUCAUACCUGAGGUUGAUGAAGAUGACUUAGACAAAGCUGAUGAAGAGACUAUGAAAGCUCGGGCCUGGGAUGAAUAUGUCGAGGCGAAUCCUCGGGGGUCUGGAAAUACAUUGAAUCGCGGUUGA